GCCCACAAAAACAGUGAGUAUGGCUUUUCACUCUCUUCCACUCUCCUUGCAGCUACUCUUCAUUUGUUCCUUUCCGCUUCCUGCCCUGGCUCAGUGCACUAAGGAUGCCGUCAUAUUCGUGUUCGGCGACUCCAACUCGGACACUGGAGGCCUCGCUUCCGGACUCGGGUUCCCCAUCAAUCUUCCUAAUGGCCGCACUUUCUUUCACAGAUCCACCGGUCGCUUGUCCGAUGGACGCCUCAUCAUCGAUUUUCUCUGUCAAAGUUUGAAUGCAAGUCUUUUGACCCCAUACCUGGACGCCUUGUCUGGAUCCACGUUCUCAAAUGGAGCCAACUUUGCAGUGGUUGGGUCCUCUACCCUUCCUGCGUUUGUUCCUUUCGCUUUGAACAUCCAGAUCAUGCAGUUCCUCCAUUUCAAGGCUCGCACCCUGGAACUUGUAGCUUCUGGUGCAAGGAAUUCUAUCGACGAUGCCGGGUUUCGAAAUGCACUCUACGUGAUUGAUAUUGGACAGAAUGACAUUGCCGAUUCCUUUGCCAAAAACCUUUCAUAUUCGCAAGUCGUUAAGAGAAUCCCAGCGGUUAUUGCAGAAAUUGAGAGUGCUGUUAAGAGUUUGUACAAUGAAGGUGCCAGGAAGUUCUGGGUUCACAACACUGGACCAGUAGGCUGUCUUCCUAAAUUAAUCUCAUUGGCUCAAACAAAGGUUGUAGAUUCACUCGGAUGUCUUUCCAGAUAUAAUGGUGCUGCAAGAUUGUUCAAUGAAGCGCUGCUUCAUCUGCAUCAAAAAGUAAGAACGGAACUGAAAGAUGCUACUUUAGUUUAUGUGGAUAUCUAUACCAUCAAGCUCGACCUCAUUACAAAUGCGGCCAAAUAUGGUUUCUCAAAUCCAUUGAUGGCGUGCUGCGGAUUUGGAGGCCCUCCCUAUAAUUUUGACAAUAGAGUGACGUGCGGUCAACCUGGUUAUCAGGUCUGUGGGGAAGGAUCUCGGUAUGUGAAUUGGGAUGGAAUUCAUUUCACUGAGGCUGCAAAUUCGAUGGUGGCUUCCAAGAUACUUUCCAUGGCUUAUUCCACACCACGCACGCCUUUCGAUUUCUUCUGCCGUCAUUGAAUGAUCUACGCUCUUUGGUUUCGAUUCAAUCACUGUGUCUGGCUGGAGCAGCAGCAGCAGUGCCCUCUCUCUAGUUCUCCACGAACUCAAUUGAUUACUUUUAUUUCUUGAUAAGAUCUCCAUGGUUCAAACUUCAAAGAGGAACUUGGAGACGAUCACCAUCAGUAUCCAAUCAUCGCUUUACAACCAGUUGACAAGACCUUUCUUUCUUGACAUCAAGUGUUUUAGUUCGGGGCGGGUUCGUUUUGUUUUCUCCUUCUAAUUGGAGCUAUUUGUUUUGUUACAAAAAAUCAUAACAUUGGAGUUAUUUGUUUACAGUUUGUUUUCUCCUUCUAGUGACCUCAAUUCAAACUUUGCUUUGACAUGUUUGUAAGCGUGCAUCCGUGUGUGACAUUUCCCUUCCCAGGAAGAAAUGUUAAAUUAGAGAGAAAAAAAACUGGAGCAAUUUGUUCUUGUGAGGAA